CUGAUGGUAAUGCUUCAAAAUUCAAAUUGGGCGCUUCAACCGCGAAAAAGGAAGCCCGAGACCAACCCCGAAUCCAUUUGAUUGCUGUAUUAAUACAAGAAGUCGACAACAAAGAAUUGAUCAAACCCAGUUCGUGAGUUACCUUUUCUUCACAUUUCGGCAAAGCUGUCAAGAAUAGGGUUUUGCAGAAACUCGCUGCUGCAGCAACCAUGGCGGACAAGAAGACGAUACAACAGCCGAUGAGUCUCAACGAGCGCCACAAUCGCUUCCUCCAACAAACCGCUUCUGCAUCCCAAACUCGCCUCGAUGCCAAAAACCCUCCUCCUUCUGGUAGUUGAGGAGUCGAAGAUGAAGCUGAUGGAAGGCCGAAGCCGUCUCUGCAAAGCUUCGUCUGGACGUAGCGGCGAUGACCACGAUGAUGUUCCUUCAUUCGGAAUUGCUGAUUUUGAUUCUCCUUCACCUGUUCAAAUGAAGGCAUCCAACUUCGACCUUGAAGGUAGUGCGGAAGUUUUCGCCAAGGGAGAGGAUGACGAUUCUGAAAACAGAAAUGCACUUCAGGAACCCUAUUUUUCUGGAAUCAAUUAUUUCAAGUUUGAUCCUGCUGUAAAAGAAAAGCCACUGGCUAUUGACAUUGAGGGAAAAUUUUAUUCUAGAAAUUAUGUUGAUUGUGAGGUGCACAGAGGCUGUCCAAUUGACAUACCAGAGACUCUUGGAACUACAACAUCUAAUUCUCAUCUUGAGAAAAAGAAACAAUUGAAAAUUAAGAUGGCAGGAAGGCGUCGUCUCUGCAAAGUGUCAUCCAAAGUCAAUAAGGAUGACCACCUUAAGAGUGUAACUGCAAAUGAUGAUGCAGUAUUUGCCGGACUUGUGGAUUAUGAUUCACCUCCUCCAUUAAAAAAUGCUGUCGAGAGGGAUUCUGGUGGAGGCAAUGAAAUUAGGGAUAUACUAAAUGAUUUAAGCUCUAGACUUGAGUAUCUCUCGAUUGAGAAAAAACGCCCCCUGAAAAAGGUUGAUCCGAAACAGGAAUCGGUUUUAAUUGAAGAUGAAGCAUGUAGUCAAGAAAUGGGAGAAGAUUUGCCUGAGUUUGCAAGUGCAGCCUCUUCCCUGGCAUCUGAUCCAUCCAAUUCCUCUUUUGAUGCGAUUACUCAGUCUGGUUCAGGACAUAGUUCUGUAAGAGGGUUAGAUGAGUACCAGGAGAAAUUUGAUCUGGAAAAUGAGCUUGACUGUGCUGCUGAUGAUUGUGAGAUUCUGAGCGACCAAAAAAUGGUUGAAGACAUGGAGAGUCAACAUGGUCAGUUCCAAGAAAGCUAUGACAAUUCUGAUAUUGUUAAUAUUGUGGACGACCACAGUGAUGACUCUAUUUCAGAGGAUGAUAUUAUUACUUUAAAGGGACCAAAAGCGACGUAUGUGUUACCUGGUAAUAUAGCAAAAAUGCUGUAUCCUCAUCAGCGAGAUGGUUUGAAGUGGCUCUGGUCUCUUCAUUGUCAGAGUAAGGGAGGCAUCUUGGGAGAUGAUAUGGGUUUGGGCAAAACAAUGCAGAUCUGUGGCUUUUUGUCUGGAUUAUUCCAUUCACGUUUGAUAAAGAGGGCACUUGUUGUUGCUCCGAAGACACUGAUACCCCAUUGGAUCAAAGAACUGUCGGUUGUAGGGCUCUCUGAGAAGACAAGAGAAUAUUUUGGGACUUGCAUCAAGACAAGACAGUAUGAACUACAAUAUGUACUUCAGGACAAAGGUGUUCUUCUCACAACUUAUGACAUUGUCCGAAACAAUGUCAAAUCUUUACGUGGGGACAAUUACCUUCAUAAUGUGAGAAAUGAGGAUGACAUGACAUGGGAUUAUAUGAUACUUGAUGAGGGACAUCUCAUCAAGAAUCCUGGUACACAAAGGGCCAAAAGUUUGCUUGAGAUACCAUCUGCUCAUCGUAUUAUUAUCAGUGGCACGCCAAUACAAAACAAUCUUAAGGAAUUGUGGGCCUUGUUCAACUUUUGCUAUCCUGAGCUCUUGGGUGAAAAGAACUGGUUCAAGGAAAAAUAUGAGUCUGCCAUUCUUCGUGGCAAUGAGAAAAAUGCAUCUGAUAGGGAAAAACGCAUCGGUUCCACAGCUGCAAAGGAGCUAAGAGAACGAAUUCAACCAUACUUCCUACGUCGCUUAAAAAGUGAGGUAUUUGAUGAAAAUGAUACCACGAAGACUGCAAAACUUUCUAAAAAGAAUGAGAUUAUUGUGUGGCUCAGAUUGACCAGAUGCCAGCGGCAACUCUAUGAAGCUUUUUUGAAAAGUGAGCUGGUUCUUUCAGCUUUUGAUGGGUCACCUCUCGCUGCAUUAACGAUUCUGAAGAAAAUAUGUGACCAUCCACUUCUCUUGACAAAAAGAGCUGCUGAAGAUGUAUUGGAAGGGAUGGAUUCAAUGUUAAACCAGGAAGACAAUGUUAUUGCUGAAAAACUGGCAAUGCACAUAGCAGAUGUCACUGAGGGAUCCCACUUUGAAGAGGAGCAUGACAAUGUCUCCUGCAAGAUCUCUUUUAUAUUAUUACUAUUGGAUAAGCUGAUUUCAGAGGGUCAUCAUGUUCUUAUCUUCUCUCAGACCCGCAAAAUGCUUAAUCUUAUUCAAGAAUCAUUGGCCGCCAAAGGGUACAAUUUUCUACGUAUUGAUGGUACCACUAAAGCUAGUGAAAGAGUAAAAAUUGUCGAUGAUUUCCAAGAAGGAAUUGGUGCUCCCAUCUUUCUCUUGACAGCUCAAGUUGGUGGUUUGGGCCUAACUCUUACAAAAGCAGACCGUGUGAUAGUGGUUGAUCCAGCAUGGAACCCAAGCACUGAUAGUCAAAGUGUUGAUCGUGCAUAUCGUAUUGGGCAGAAGAAGGAUGUUGUCGUUUACAGAUUGAUGACCUGUGGAACAAUCGAAGAAAAGAUAUAUAGAAAGCAGAUAUUUAAGGGGGGAUUAUUCAAAACUGCAACUGAACACAAAGAACAAACACGGUACUUCAGUCAGCAGGAUCUACAAGAGCUUUUUAGUCUUCCCAAACAGGGCUUUGAUGUUUCUCUCACUCAGCAGCAAUUGCAUGAGGAGCAUGACCAUCAGCAUAAAAUGGAUGAGUAUCUAGAAGCCCAUGUAAAGUUCCUGGAAAGUCGAGGUAUAGCUGGAGUAAGUCACCACAGCCUGCUUUUUUCCAAGACAGCACCUGUGCCAUCUGUCCAAGAUGAUGAGGAAUUAAAAAGGGUAAAAGGAACAACAUUCAAUUGGAAACCAUCACCAAGCUCUCAGCUCAAAUAUGGUGUUGAUGGGGCUAUGUAUGCCUUCAAACCAAAGGAUGCUCAAGUGCACAAAAACAGUAAUUCCACAGGUAGCCCAAGUGAACGGACAGAGUCUGAAAUCAGAGAGAGGAUUAACCGGCUAGCUGGAAUUUUAGCAAAUAAGGUUAUGAUAUCAAAGCUGCCAGAUAAGGGAGGUAAUAUACACAAGCAAAUAUCUGAACUAAAUUCAGAGCUGAAUAUGAUUCAGAUGGAAAAAAGAAAAGAAAAGGAAGUCAUUGAUGUGGAUGAUAUAGCCGGGGACCUUCAGAGAGUAGUGUUGAAUGUCUGAAUAUUGGCUUGGACUGGUAAUAAACAGUUUUUGGUCAUUUUUCAGGCUGCCAGCCAAUCCACUGGAACGGCUAUAUUGCUGCUCAUGGCGUCCCAUCCAGGCACUCCUUUGAACAAGAUUUUCCGGUUUGUCGUCUUUCGAUUUUUGUAGUUUUCGUGUUUGUGGGGGCAUGGCCCUACUGUUUCUUGUAAUCGUUUUGUGUUUUUUUUUUUUUUUGUUUAAUGUAUUUUUAUUUACAAAAGCAAAAAAAAAAAAUAUAUCUGUUGAGAAAAUUUAAAUUAUUUAAUAGAAUUCUAUAGUUUUCCACAUUGCAAAGAGAGGGUUCUAGUGUGGAAGUGAGGCAAGCAAACUUUGUUACGGGUAGUAGUGAGUUUUUAUGAAAUAUGCUACUUCAACUUCCAGUAGUGAAUUUUUUUUUUACCAUACUUCAAGUUAAGUACGUUGCCUUUAAGGAAAUGAUCUUGUAAAUUAUUUA